AUGGUGAUUUGUACGUGUGGAAGUGUUGCUGUGAGAGUCACAUCUUGGACGGACCUCAACCCAGGAAGGCGAUUCUGGUCUUGUGCUCGAAAUGGUCGAAGCUGUCCAUUUCUUGGGUGGGUGGAUGAUCUGAUGUGCCAUAGAGCUGUGGAUGUGAUUCCUGGCUUGCUGAGGAGAAUGAACAAUGUUCAAAUGAUGUUGAUUCAAGCUCGUGCAGAUGUUGUGAAGCUCAAGUGGAUGCUUAUUCUGUCUUGGUUCUUUUUUUUUCGUUUAUAUACAUAUGCACUAAGUAGUAGUUGGAUUUGGGGAUGUAUUUGGAAUAUUGGAAUGGAAUGGAAAGAGUUGCGUCCAUUUAUCAAAGAUUGGAAUGGAAUGAGUUGUGUCCAUUUAUCAAAGAUUGGAAUGGAAUGA